UGCCAAGCUGUGGUGAGCUACAUGCAUCAUCGUGACGGCGAGUGCCAGAUCGUCGGGUGCAAUCCAUCAAAAUAUCAUGGAUUUCACCGCAUUGAAGUCAUACGCGUUUGAACACGCGUGGUCGCAUCGCCUAGUCACUACGCCGUCCAACGUUCAAGAUAAAACAUUCAUAUGGUACAGGGGCCUGGUGCUCACGGGACUCUAUUUCUGGACGGCAUGCCAUAUGUAUUUAAGCAGAGAAGCCGUGCUAGUAUUCCAACACCAGGCCAACCUGUUCAAGUCGAGCCAAAGCUGCCAUGGCAUCUAUUGUCGCUGUCCUCCUGGUCGCCGCCGCCGUUCAGGCAUUUCCAUCUAUCAACACGCGACAGAGUAUUACAGCUCUGACAACGUCACAGAUUGACCAAUUUACCUCGUACACCUAUUACGCUAGUGCAGGGUACUGUACGAACACGCAGACGCUCGCAUGGGACUGUGGCACUAACUGUGACGCCAAUCCGGAAUUCAAACCGUACUGGUUCGUCGGAUAUGACCCAAAUUUGGAUACGGUGAUCGUCUCUCACCAAGGCACGAACCCCUCUGAAAUUAUGCCUCUCAUCACCGAUGCCGAUUUCUUUUUGACCACUCUGGAUUCGACAUUGUUCCCGGGUAUCAGCUCGGAUAUUGAAGUUCACAACGGCUUCGGGGAUGCUCAGGCCAGUACUGCCACCGAUGUCCUUGCCGCCGUCGAAUCCGCCAUGUCCACCUACAGCACCACGUCCGUCACUAUGGUUGGUCACUCUCUUGGUGCUGCGAUCACCUUACUUGAUUCUGUAUAUCUUCCCCUCUGGCUUCCUGCGGGAACGACUUUCACCACCAUUGGUUAUGGCCUUCCUCGUGUUGGGAAUCAAGCAUUUGCUAAUUAUGUCGACGCAAACCUCCAUCUCACGCACAUUAAUAAUGAAGAGGACCCAAUACCCAUCUGCCCCGGUAUGUUCUUGGGCUUUGUGCACCCCGCAGGUGAGGUGCACAUUGAGGACUCCGGUGAAUGGGCUGCCUGCCCCGGGCAAGACAACCCGAGCACUCAGUGCAUUGUUGGUGAUGUCCCCGAGAUCUGGGAUGGUGACGAGUCUGACCACGAUGGGCCAUACAAUGGUGUCGAGAUGGGAUGCUGAACUGGUACGACUUCACCUGGAGACAUCCCUUCUAUUUUUAUAUCACUUGGAUUCUCCGUAUUGUACUUUUCUCUGGUGUUCGGACUCGAUUGAUUUAUUAGGAUGCAAUAUAUAUUAUAUAUAUUGAAACUGCA